GUUUUAUCUCAUACUUGAUGGAAGACGCAGUGUGCCCAAACGCUAGGCUUACAUAUGUUUCCAAUUAUUGUUGUUCGUUUUUAAUGCAAAUAAAAUGCAAUCGAGUGUAAAAUAAAUGUGCAUUAUACUAUGUAAUUUCAUUUUUAUAAACUGACUCAUAUAGUGCGCGAUGGUAAUUUCUUUAAUUUUGUCAAGGACAUCAUUAGUUUUACGUUUAACAGUCGUUGCCAAAAUGUAGUAGGUAUGCGGUGCAUCAUCAUUCGGAUAUGUAGGUACCUAGUUUAGUGUUCUCGAACUUAUCGCUUCGCGAUCUUACUUAUCAGUAGUUUGAUUUGUAUCGUGAAAGUAAUGCGUCGUUCACGUUGUUCAGAUGGAAUUGGUGUUAUUGUUCGUGAAUAUGCUACAGAGUUCAGAGUUCGAUAUUCACUAAAUCAUAAUUUAUUGAUGACACCGAACCACUUGCCAAGUGAUAACUGAUGAAUGCUGCGAUGGAUGUUAUUUUUUUCUUGCCAUUUUUAUGGGUGAUUAGUUAUGUUAGAUCGCAAACAGAACCGAAGAUCCUCAACAUUUCUUCCUAUCAAUAUGUAAGCUUAGAAAUAAAGGAAUCAGUCGAAUUAUCCUGUAUAAUUCAGAAUAAUUCUGGCUAUACAUUGUCAUGGAACCGAAAAGUUAAUUCGACUGUUGAGAAAAUUUCAACAAAUGAUACUCUCAAUAAUGUAAAAAAUAACAAAUUCGCUGUGAAUUUUGAUACGAAUAGCACAACGCCGGCUUAUAUUUUAACCAUUAACGGUAUUGAAAAAUCUGACUUUGGUACCUAUAUUUGUGAAAUAUCAACCGGUCAGAAUAGCAUUAGUUCUAAAGAAACAAAACUAGAGCUCUAUGUACAUCCUAAUUUCGAUAAUUCAACUAAAAAUGAAGUAAAAGUAAACGAAGGCAGUAAUUUCACCAUCAAAUGCUAUGCUGAUGGAAAUCCUAUGCCUACAGUUACUUUGAAACGCUACGAUACUAGUUCUACUGCUCCAAUAUUUUCUCACCCAGAACACGAGUGGAACAUUGAAAAAAUCACAAAAAAAGACGAAGGAAACUAUACCUGCCAAGCAGAUACGUCAUUUGGCUCAGUACCAUGGAAUAUUAUGAUACUCGUCAUUUCCAAACCGAUAUUUCAAAAUUGCACUAUAAAUUUACAUUAUGAACCCAAAUUCAGCGCUGAGUUUGUUUGUGUGAUUAAUUCGGUUACCAAUGUUACAAUUUUUUGGUUUAGAAAUGGAAAGAAAUUGACAAACAGUAAAAAUGUGACGAUGACUUCCCAUCGUGAAUUAGACCAGAAAUUUCACGUGGUGAAAUUGAAUAUUUCCAAUGUGGAGAAACAUGGUGUGUAUUCGGUUACAGUUGAGAAUGAUAGAGGCAAUGCAACACAAACUUUUUCAUUUUCGAAUGACACCGACAGUCUGUGGCUGAAAGACGAAGGAAACUAUACCAGCCAAGCAAAUACGUCGUUUGGCUCAGAUCCAUGGAAUAUUACGAUACUCGUCAGUUCCAAACUGGUAUUUCAAAAUUGUACUAUAAAUUUACAUUAUGAACCCAAAUUCAGCGCUGAGUUUAUUUGUGUGAUUAAUUCGGUCACCAAUGUUACAAUUUUUUGGUUUAGAAAUGGAAAGAAAUUGGUAGACGGUGACAAUGUGACAACUUCCUAUUGUGAAUUAGACAAGAAAUUUCACGUGGUGAAAUUGAAUAUUUCCAAUGUGGAGAAACAUGGUACGUAUUCGGUUACAGCUAAGAAUGUUGGAGACGAUGCAGCGCAAACUUUUUCAUUUUGGAAUGACACCAACAUUCUGAGGCUGAUAAGUGUGGUAUUAUUUGCUAUACUCGUAUGUGUGUUGUUGGUUAUUUGCAUCGUCGUAUUCUGCAAACGUGGUAGGGUAGAACUGAGAGAAAGCAGUGGGAGGAACGGUCUCGAAAUGGAACCAAUGGUGAAAAAACGAAGACGCCUAACGUUUUAAAUCAUUGUGGCUGUGGCAGAAUCUUUAUUGAAGGUGUAUCGUCAUUUUUUUGUUGAUGGCGUAAACAAAUCGUAAUCCAUUCCAUUAUUUUAAAAAGUUUUGAUUCAUCAUUUUACUUUAUUAGUAUUCUUUUGAAAAAUUGCCAUGACUUCACUUUCAGCUGAUAUUCAUAAAUUUAAGUCAACGUCUAAGCAGAAAAUGUAAAAAUUUUGUCCAAUAAUGUACUCAACAACUUGUGGGCAUAUGUAUCUAUUUUCAACUUUUACUCUUAAUUUGUGUGCAGUGUGUUAUUGUUGGUAUUAUUAAGAAGUAUUUUUUGGGGGGUAUGAUUUAUCCUUACGACAAAAAAGGGUGAAUGCACGACAAAAUGUUAGAGGUCCAAGCGACAGGAAAAAUAAUUACCACGGACCAAAGAAAAGCACGUCUAAAAUUCUUCCAACGACAGAUAAUUUUUAUUAAAUAUCAACAUGUUGCUCAAAAACUUGAUAAAAUUCUUCAAGAAUGCUCUGAAAUCAGGACAAAUUUCACCAUUAAUUCCAAAUUGAAAAAAAAAUGAAAAAACCAUCAAAACAGUAUUUUAAAAAUGUGAGAAAUUGGUUUUGAAACAUAUAAAAUCAACAAACUGGUCAAAUUCAACAGAAAUGAACCAGUGAAAUUGGUGAAAAAUUCGUUGAAUAGGUUGAAAAAAUUAGAAAUAAGUAAAUGGUUCUUCGUUGAAAUGACAGAAUUUAUCUCAAAUUGAAACUCUGAAAAAAUAUUAAAAUACCUGAUAUAAAGUAGGUACUUAAUGGAAAAUUGAAAAAUCAAAUGAUUUCUCAAAUUUAACACAAAAGCAGAAAAUCUGGAGAAGAAUUUUUUGAAAAUAUUGAAAAAUCAAAUAUCCUUGAAAUAUUAAUCAAAAUCAUCGGGAAAAUGGUUAACUAUUCACUACAUACCUAUGUUAUUCAUGAAGAUUUGAAUUUCUCCUGUGUUGUCGUUCAAAACUUUACUUUAGGGUCAUUCCAUGUCAAUUCGACCAAGAAGUGGUAAGGAAGGUUGGUGAUUUUUUGGAAUUUUUUCCUGUGGAAAGACCUUCUGAAGGGAUGACCAACAGCCCAAAUCGCAGCCCAUUAGCCCUUUUUUGAAGGCUGCUAGGGGGUGUCAAAGUUUUCAGUGAACUUGAAAUAUCAUACCUACAUUUCAGCAGUGGAUUACUCGAUAACCGCGAUACCUACCAAAAUAAAACUUUUUCCAAUAGUAAGGGGGUUUGAAAGGCUUUUUGGUGAUAUCAUAAAAAUCCGUGUUGCCACUUUUUUUUCGUACAAAAAAUUAGCUCAAAAAGUUUCAAAACGUAGUUAUCAUAUCGUUCCGACUCUCAAAAAUUCUGAAAAAAAUAUAUUAUGAACAACUUUUUACACUGAACAACAUAUCAAAAAAUUGGGAUGGCAUUAUGUCGUAAAGUUGAUUUAAAAAAUUAAAAAUUUGCGAAAAAAUGCGAUUUUUUAAUUUAAAACAUGAAAAAAAGUUUUGACUGGUGAAGUUGAGCCGUUUGACCCCUAUUUUUACGUAUCUGUUGGAAAAGUUGAAAAAUCCCUUUCACUCAAUGAAAUAAACUCAUCACAAAAAAUCAAAAUUUGAAAAAAUUCAAAAAAUAAACGAAUUUUAUUUUUUUUGCUAUGAGUGUGAUUUUCAUCAACUUUUUCAUAAAAUACGCCUAAACGAGGCAAAAAAUAAGGCAACUGAAUUUUAAACUUUUUUUGAUGUUUGAAAUUGAAAAUUGAAUUUUUUCGAAUUUUGAUUUUUUUUGUGAGUAGUUCAUUUUUAUUGAAUGAAAGGGGGUUUUCAACUUUUUCAACAGAUACGUAAAAAUAUGGGUUAAAUGGGUCAACUUGACCUAUCAAAACUUUUUUUCAUGUUUUAAAUCAAAAAAUCGCAUUUUUUCGCAAACUGUCAAUUUUUUUAAAUCAACUUUGCAACAUGGUACCAUUUCAAUUUUUCAAUAUGUUGUUCGGCAUAGAAAGUUGUGUCAGAACGAUAUGAAAACUACGUUUUGAAACUGUAAAUGGAUGAUAUUUCAAGUUCACUGAAAACUUUGACACCCCCUAGCAGCCUUUGAAAAAGGGCUGUGCCAUUGGUCAUCUCUUCGGAAGGUCUUUCCACAGGAAAAAUUUCAAAUCACCGACCCUCCUUACCACUUCUUGAUCGAAUUGACGUGGAAUGACCCUUUAUUGUUCUAACACUCAUACCUGUUGGGAAAAGUUGUUGUGAUUCAUAAGAAAAAAUAGACAUGCGGUGACGACCUCUUUAGUCGAUCGAAAACUUAUAUUUUUACUAGGUACCUAUUUAAUUUGUCAAUAAUUCUCCUGUUAUUGUCAUAAGACCUGGAUGUUGUUCAUACCACCUUUUUGUCCUUUGAAUGUAUAUUUCCCUAUUUUUUUAAGCGACAGUAAUUAAAUGAUAGGAAGUCAUUUUUCUAUUAAGUAGAGUACACAUUUUUUUGAGAAUAUUUGGUAACCUACUCAUAUUGUGAACUUACCUAUUGAAAAAUAAAUCAAAUGCAAGCCUUACGUUAGUGUUUGGCAAAAUAAAAUUAUUUGUAUGUAUAUGUAAAAUGGGAAAUAUAUAUCAGGACAACAGAGAAAGUGAUUCGAACCACAGUAUGAAAAAAUCGGGAAUUUCAACAACAGUUGUUCACGACAGCCUUAUAAUAGUUCAACAUGACAAUUUAGGUAAUCCGAACGAUAAUGUGAUUUCAUACGUACAACGACGAAAAAAAUGUAAUCCACAUACAAAUUGAAUUUAUACUGCCAAAAAGAACUAUUGUAUCGAAAAAUAAAUGAUUCGCCACCAAAAAAAAAUCCAGAAAAAUAAAUCAUUUUGUAAUAAAAAAAUUUUUGUACCUAAGAAUGAACAAAUAAAUUUUACAGAUGGGAAGCCCUGAACAUGCUUUGCUUUUCAAAACCACCAAGAUGAUCUUGCUUUUCGUCAAAAUUAUCAAAAAAUCUUACGUUUUGUUAAAACUGCUCAAGUGUGUUUAAAAACUCUCUGGUGAAAUAUUUUUGAUCCUCCAAACUACUCCCAUCUCCUCUUGUUGCCUAAAAAAGCAAAAAAGCACUACUUGUGCUGUAGAUGUACUGUUUUUUUUAUGUGCUAUUCGUCAAUUUUUGUAUGUAAUACAUACAUGUAAUUCGUAUUUUUCAUGUCGUCCAUUAUUUCAUUUCUUUGACGUGCACAAUUUGUCGUUAAAUGCAUUAUAUGUAUACUUAAACGCCCAUUAAAUUAUUCUUUUGGGCAAUACAUUAUAUGCUCGUUCAAAUGCAUUAACUGUUGUUCAAAAACUUUUUUCGACGUGAUAUGAUUCUUUUCCCCUGCAAUAUCCUUUUUUGUCGUUAAAACGCCUACUUUUGUCGUGCUGAUAAAUCACACCCAUGUAAAAUGACUUUCAAAAUUUUUCAAUGUGAUAGUAUUAUAUUAUGUGUUUCCUUGUAAGUAAAACAAUGUAGGUAUGAAAUAAUUUAUCUUAGUUUGGUAUCAUGUUUAGGUACUUCUUUGUUAUCUGAUGAUGACAUUAAAUGUGUGAUUUCUAAAUUUUGACCUAAAUUACACCUACAAGUUUAAGCUAAAUUUUAAGGAAUUAAAUUUUUAAAAAAUAUUUGGGUGCUCGAUUGAUUGUAGUCAACUCACUUAAUUCUAAGUAUUUUAUCUUUACUUUAGUUACAUCUUGAUGAUAUUUUUAAUGUUAUGAAUCCUACUGUUUUUUAUUUUGUUCAUAAUUAGACAUAUGUAUAUACCUCUGUAUACUUAUACUACAGUUUGUGAUUUUAUGUUAAAAUUGUCUAAUUAUGUGAGUAGACACAUCUAAUAAAGUAAAUAUUCUUAACGAGUGUAA